AUGGCUCAAGCUCUUAAAACUAUCGAAGAGCAGUCGAAAAUAAAAUGUUGUUGUGUUACAUGUGGUACAGCAAAUGAUGAACUUUCACAUCAUUAUAAAGAAGGUGUUAUUAAAAUUAUUCAUUGUAAACAAUGUCAAAAUCCUGUUGAUCCUUAUAUUGAAUUAGAUGAUUUACUUGUAUUUAUUGAUUUUGUUUUACUUAAAUUACGAGCACAUCGACAUGUUUUAUUUAAUAUUGAUAAAAUUAAAUAUAAUCAUAUUAUUAAAUUAUCUUGUGCAUUUAUUCUUGCUAAUGCAUAUGUUAAAUGGUUUCAUCUUAAAAAUGAUCAAUUUCAAUCGAUUAUUAAUCAUGAUCAUCAUAUUUUCUUUGCUCUUGAAUAUGGUUUUUAUUUGAAAUUAAUCGAAUCAUUUCUUGAAUAUACAAUACGAUUUGGAUUUAUAUUAUUCAUAGCAAUUCUUCAAUGUGGACAAAAAUGGACCAAAGAAAAAUCAAUUCUUCUCUUUCGUGCACUUGUUCUUUCAAGUAUUGGUCAAUUAUUUGUCUUACCAUUACUUAUAUGGAGUCCUGAUCAACGUGAUUAUUAUGCUGUUCUAAUUUGUUUUAUAUUUACAAUACUUUGUCAUGCACAAGCACUUAAUGCUUCUCAAUUAUUAUCACCAUUGAUAUCAUUUAUAUCAUCAACAAUUGCUAUUGUUUUGUCAAAACUUUUUAUUUUAUUUUUUUCAACAAAUUAUUUUUUAAAUAAUGUCUAA